AUGGCUCGAAAAAGAAAAUUCGAAGCGGCUACCGAUUCCGAAGAAUCACACAGUGAUGAUGACACACCGUCGUCCGGCUACACCUACAGUAGCCAUUUUGAUUCAAAGAAGCCAAAAACGUUAAGGAAAGAUGCAAAGGAAUCUGAGUUUACAUCUGUUCAACAACAGGACGACAUCGUUGAUUCUGAUCCAGAACCACAACAUAUCUGCCAGACGCACAUCGAAUUGGUAGAGAUCGGUAUAUCCAAAAAUCAACCAAUUGUCUACAAGCCAGAGCGGGGCAACAAUUGGAUUGGAAGAUCUCCGGAUUCUCAAUUGAUAGCCGAUUCCAAUUUCGUGUCGCGUAAAAACCACGCAUGCCUGGUGUUCCAGCCAUUCGUCAACAAAUUACAUUUGAAGGACUGCGAUUCGACAAAUGGUAUUUACGUCAACGAUGAAAUGGUGUCGGUGGUGGAACUCAACGAAGGAGAUUUAAUUGGAAUCGGCUGCUCUACGGACCAUCAUAGCAUUAACAAUCCCGAAUGCGUUGUGCUUCGGGUGACGCAAAAGGUCAUCCAUUAUCCCAACGAACAAUCGACCAAGCGCCCACAACCAGUAGAGCCGAUUACGUUAUCGUCCAGUUCAGAGGAUGAACUCGAAGCGCCGAUCAACCGUACAUCGACUGGUAAGUCGUUUAUCGUUUAUUUGCAAUAUGAUUCGCAGCCAUACUAACACAAACCUUUUGUCUAGCAGAAAAUAUUGUUCCUCCGAUUACAUCGCCAAGUUCCGCCUCUGACCGUUCUAUCACCUCCAACGUCACUGGUAAUAGCAGUCGAGAC